ACAGUUUUUGGUUAAUUUGACGAUACAAAGGAAUUCACAUUCAUAUAUGCUGCGGCAUUAAGAAUGAAAAAAAUUCAUUUAUUUUUUGAUUCUAUGUAUUAGCAGAUCUAUCUACCAUUAAUAAAAUGAGGUUGAGAUCAAAGAGAGAUUCUAUUAGCCUUCCUUCAAAAAAGCGUGAAUCAUGUUCAACAACUCCAGUUAAAGAGUCGUUGGAACAAAUCACAAUUGGUAGUUAUUAUUACGUAACAGUCAAAAAUAACUUAGAGGAUGAACAAAAUUAUCGAGUAGGAAAAGUUCUUGCUGUUAAAUUUAGUGAUGAUAAUGUUCCCGAGUAUUAUAUUACGUACGCGUUUUAUAAUAGAAGACUUGAUGAAUGGGUUAAAGCUGAUCAAAUUGAUACUAAAAGAGAGAUAGAUAUCAAAUUACCUAAAAAGAGAAAAAUACAUCAAGAUAACGCGAUUUCUGAUGCAACUGCUAUGAUAAUUGAAGAUUCUCAAGAUGAUUUUUUUACUACUUCGGGAAUUCAUGUAAAAAACAAAUUCUCACAGGGUGAUUCAUUUUAUAGUCAAGAAUCAUUUACAUUACAAAUACCAGUUUCUUCAGAAGUGAAUGAUUAUAGUGGUUCGAAUUUUAUAUGUGAUGAAGUCCCAAAUUUAAGAUGUUCAACUCCAUCAUCUUCAAUCACAUAUGACAGUUCACCUUGUAGGAUUAGUUCAAGCCCAAAAAUAGUCAAAUCACAAGUAAUUCAGAAUAAUUCACAAAUUACUUCUGGUGGUAUGAAUAAUAAACCAAUUAAAAUACGUGUAAAAAAUAUCAAAGAAAUUCAAAUUGGAGAAGAUCUGAUUGAACCUUGGUAUUUCUCACCAUAUCCUGAAGAAUUUAAAGAUGCACCUAUUGUAUAUAUUUGUGAGUUUUGCUUGAGUUAUUACAUGAGCGAAUUUCAAUUCAAACGUCAUAAAACGAAAUGUAAUUUAUUUCAUCCUCCUGGAAAUCAAAUUUACAAGGAUGAAGUAGAGAAUCUCGCUGUGUUUGAAAUUGAUGGAGAAAGACAACAAACUUAUUGUAAAAACUUAUGCUUACUUUCUAAGCUGUUUCUUGAUCAUAAGUUACUUGUUUAUGAUACUUUACCAUUUCUAUUUUAUAUAUUAUGUUGCUAUAAUGAUAUUGGGUAUUGUAUAAUUGGGUAUUUCUCAAAAGAAAAAUAUAAUAUGAAUAAUAAUCUCGCAUGUAUUCUUACAUUACCUCAACAUCAAAGAAAAGGUUAUGGUAGAUUCUUAAUAGCAUUUUCAUAUACAAUAUCAAAAAUGCAAGAUAAAGUUGGUGCACCUGAAGAGCCUUUAUCAGAUCUUGGUUUAUUAACUUAUCAGCAAUAUUGGAUAGAAGCCAUUACUGAGUUAUUACUAAAAGCUAAUGAAGCAAAUGAAGAAAUUUCGAUUGAUGAUAUUGCUUACCAAACUGGUAUUGCUCAAAAGGAUGUUCAAUACACUUUACACUUGAUUGGAAUUUGUAUCUAUUUAGGACAUCCUUGUAUAAAAAUAUCAAGUGGAUUAAUGGAAAUGGCUAAGAAUUCAAAAGUAAAAAAGCAUCGUACAAUUAAAAGUGAGUGUUUUGAUGAAUAUUGGGAGCCACCAGUUUAUAAUCCAUCUCAUUGUCGAUUUCUUAAUUGAAAGAUGGAAGAGUGAUUCAAUAAUAUAAAUCAGAUUUUCAUUAGGGUUUUAUAGCUGAAAAUUAAUAUGUAAACUUAGAAUUUGAUAUAAUGAAUUA